AUGGAGUGCCUGCCGCCUGAUCGUUAUGAUUCUGUGGACGUUUAUUCGGAGAACUCAGACCCGGAUCCUUUGAAUGAGAGGCGUUUACGUGUUUGGGUGGGAAAUAUACCACCAUCCGUAAGCACUCAGGGUUUUUUAUCAUUUUUGAAGGAGUUGAAAGUACCUCCUGUUAGGGACAUAAUACUAAAACGGUACCCAUCGCGAAGUCGUUGUUUUUUAUUUUUUCAUACAAGAGAGGAUGCAUAUUAUAGUAUAAAUGUUCUAGACGGUUCUCGUAUAUUUUUAGAUUCUGCAAUUCCCUUGGAAGCCCGUUUGGCUACCCCUCAUGAUUUGAUGGAAGAAUGGGAAUCUCCUUUGUUAUCAGCGCAAUCUGAUGAUUAUUCAGUACUCGGGAGUGAGACAUUACUGAACCCUGUAUACUGUAGUAGUUUUUUGAGUACUAUGUCAGAUGACUACGAGAUAUUGCAGGACGCUGAUGACUCCACAUUAUGGCACAUGUACAAGGACAAAAAUGACGUCCCCUAUUAUUAUAACCAUAUUACGGGGUGUACGCAGUGGGAGCGCCCUAUACCUCCGCUGCUUGCUGUUGAGACUGCAAUAAAUGAGCGCAGUCGUCUGGGUUCCCCUGAUGGGACCAACUUAUUCAUAUUCCAUAUCCCUCCGUGUUGGAGUGACACCGAUUUGGCUAUGCAUUUUACUCCUUUUGGUAAUUUGGUAUCUGCUAAGAUCCAAAAGGAUGCAAAUGGGUUUAAUGCAGGUUUUGGCUUUGUAAGCUAUGACAAUCCUCAGAGUGCGGCUGCUGCUGUACGUUUGAUGAAGGGUUAUUCUACAAAUUCUAAGUUUUUGAAGGUUGAAUACAAGAAGCGUAACGGUGGUGCUUAG